AUGGACUGGUACACUCUCCUCGACCAUUAUGCUGCCGCCUCCAAGGGCUUUGAACCUGGACGAGAGACCCAGAUUCAUUGCAUGGUCAUGGUCGCAUUAUGUCACGUGGCUCAUAGUCAAGGCCUCACGACGGACGAGAUAAUGUUAGCUAUGGCAAAAUGCGUUAGUGGAGGAACUGAUACACUAAGAUCGAAACGAUUCGCACUGCCAAAGUGUGUGCAGAUUGGAGAUGAACUUGAAAAAGUAUUGGGGCCACGGGCAUAUGAGCUUCCGUUAAGAGUGAGCGCCUACUUUACCUUCGGCCAACACUUUACUGCUGAAUGCUUCUCAAUCCUACGCAGAGAAUCUGAGUCUGCCCAUCGCCCAAAAAACAGCCUACCGUCUGAGCUACUGAGGAUACCAAAUCUUGUCUAUGAUGUUUGCGAUGGGAGAUCUGGAAGAAAUAGAAAGGGCCCUAGAACCGGGUCAGACGAGGGCGAAGGCGAAAUCGAGAUCGAGGUCGAGUUUCAGGCCAUCAACAAGAUCGACAAGCAGCCCAGAGAGUAG